UUUUACUGAAUUGGUCUAUGUCAAAUAUGAUUAGACUUGAAACUGAUUAUGAUGUAAAUCUACUUCGACAUCGUUAUUUGUUAAUCUUGAAACGAGAGGAACAAACGUCGGCAAAUAAUAGAUGAAAGGUUAGCCCUUUCUAAAGAUUAAAAUUUAUCUAAUGUUUAGUGUAAGUUCCUCAGUUAUUUCGAAGCUAAGAAACACUGUUUUCUCUUACGUCAACAGUAUCAUCGAUCCAUUCGCAAUCGGCACGACAAGUGAAUGAGUCAUUCCACAUAUAACAGCUACAGGUCUAAGGCUAGAUAAUAUUUCAUUUAGUUUUCAUAUUGUUGACACAAUAUCUACUUCAUGUAGUUAUACAUGUCAUAUACGUUAGGCACCCCGAUUUCCUUUUCUGCAAACAUGCAAUGUUAUUUCUUGACGAAAUGACGUGUCUUCUUUUUGAAUGCUUUUGAACGAAUUUAUAGGUGCCAAUAAUGACAUUUAAAAGUGAUAGCCCGCGAAUGUUUGUAAACAUUGUGUAAAAAAAACAUAUAAUUAUGAAAUCCACAAAGAGUUUAAUAUUACAUAGAAAUGUAACUAGGUUACGGAACACAAACAAAAGAUAUUAUAGUGAAAUAUUUCCUUCCAGUGAAGUUGUAAUCAUUAAAAAUAAAACUAAAAAGAAGGAUGCUAACCUCAAAACUGAAAAAGUUGCUGAAAGCAAUAAUAUUAGUAACAAUUCUAAAGAGUACAGAGUCAAUGAGGUCAAUAUACAAAUGAUAUCAAGAAAUAUUUACGAACAACUGUUUAAAAGCCAAGCUCAAAAUCUAGACAAAGAUUUGAUAAAAAGUUGCCAAGACAAUUUACUGAGGCAUGGUAUUGACUACAAGAAGUGCAGUCAUCUACCUGAUGUGGACUUGAAGCUGCCUGCAUUAGAAGGAAAAGAUAUUGUGGAACAUUUCUAUAACAUCGGAGAGAAACAAUCAGCUCCUUACAGAGAAUUAUUAAAUACACUGGCUAGAUGUAAACUACCAGCAAUGCCAAAGAAAUGGUCUAAAGCUGCAGGCUGGACGAAGUAUACAGGUGAGAAACAAGAGCAGGUGCCCUGUCCGCCAGAUGACGCCCUAAUAUUUGAUGUGGAAGUGCUAAUGUCAGCUGGGAAGAGACCUACCCUGGCUUGUGCUGUGUCCACAGAAGCAUGGUAUGGUUGGGUCAGUGAACCGGUUGCGAAGGGGGCUCCCCAUGAAGUUUAUGAGAAUAUAAACUAUGAUGACCUGAUACCAUUGGAGACAGAUGGUAGGAAGCCUUGUGGCGAUCUCAGCAGGCAUCGAGUUGUGGUCGGACAUAACGUGUCCUUCGACAGAGCUAAGAUUAAAGAGCAAUACUGGCUGAAUAGAACUGGUGUGCGUUUCAUGGAUACUAUGUCGAUGCACACAUGCGUCAGCGGGGUCACCAGCUACCAGCGGACAGUCCUCAAAGCGAAGAACAAGGAGCCGAACCCUUCAGAUGAAGACUGGAUGGAGAUCAGCUCCCUCAACAAUCUUAGCGAGGUCCACAACCUAUACUGCGGUUCGCUCAUCGACAAGCAAACGCGAGAUGUAUUCGUGGACGGUACGAUGCAGGAUGUUCACGAUAACUUCGAAGUGUUGAUGCAGUACUGUGCUGGAGAUGUGGUCGCGACUCACAGUAUACUGCGGGAGUUGUUGCCGCUGUUCCUGCAGAGAUUCCCCCACCCCGUCACUUUGGCUGGCAUGUUGGAGUUAGGAUCAGCAUACCUGCCAGUAAACUCGAACUGGUUACAGUACAUAGAUUCAGCUGAAACAGUCUUCGAAGAUCUGAAGUUAGAAUCUCGACAGCUGCUAUCACUGAAAGCCGAUGAGGCUUGCCGCAUGAUGGCCGACGAGUCAUACAAGAAAGAUCUCUGGAUGUGGGACCAAGACUGGUCUGUACAAACACUCAAGUUAAAAAAACAAACCACUAAGAAGAAAAAAGAAGAAAUCAAAAUACCUGUAAUUGAAGAUUUAAGUACAAAUAAAGAAACAGCCAGUGACGAAAAUAAGGUUUCCUUUGGUGACCUUGUAACGGCUGCCAAUGAAAAACAUAAAGUAUUAAAUGAAGCCUACCUCAAUGAUCUCGAUAAUAAUAUUACUAGUACAACUAAAGAGAUUGAAGAUUUGAAUAAAGCAUUUUCUCACUUAUUCGCUUUUGGCGAUCAGUUGCCGGUGAAAAGGCCGUAUUUGGCUGGAUACCCGGCGUGGUACAGGAAACUUUGUACGAAGCCGGGCAAAGAGGAAGAUUGGACUCCCGGAGCUAAUAAUAUUACUACAAGUAUGCAAAUCACACCAAAACUCCUCCGUUUAUCGUGGGAGGGGUACCCCCUCCACCACAUAAAGUCUGAAGGCUGGGGAUUCCUGGUCCCUUUCAGUCACCAUCACGCAGACGACGCUGAGGAACCACUCGUGCCUUUGAAACAGCUGUUGGAAGCUUGUCCCUUGACGUUUUGUAAGGAGAGCGAGUACCAACCCGAUGUCUACGCGCUGCCGAAGACUGUUGAGGAAGACUUAGGUAGACGCGCCUACUACGCUAGGAAGAAACUUGAUGAACAAGCAGCCGCCAACCAAUACCACGGACUCGGAGUGUGGUGCGGGAUACAAAUUCAAGGUUGUUGCCAUUUCCUUCGGCUUCCGCAUAAGGAUGGGCCAAAGUAUAAAGUUGGUAAUCCAUUAGCUAAAGACUUUUUGGACAUGUUCAGUCAAAACGUACUCUCCGCUCAAGGGAAUGAGGCUGAAAAAGUGCUGACAUAUGCUCGCAUGAUGUCGUACUGGCGUAACAACAGGGAGCGCAUACUGAGCCAGCAAGUAGUUUGGCUGCCGGCUGAGCUGCUCCCGCCAGCUCUGCGCGGCUCCUUGCGGCAGUACGGCGCGAUCAUACCGCAGGUGGUCGUCUGCGGGACGCUGACUAGGCGUGCUAGUGAGCCGACUUGGAUGACGGCGAGCAACGCUCAGGCGGAGCGCGUGGGCUCCGAGCUGCGGGCGAUGGUGCAGGCGCCGCCGGGGUACAAGUUUGUAGGGGCUGAUGUUGACUCACAGGAGCUAUGGAUAGCGGCGUUGCUAGGCGACAGUACGCUAGGCCUGUGUGGCGGCAGUGCGUUCGGCUGGGCGGUGCUCGCUGGGGACAAGAGCCGCAAGACUGACCUCCACUCGUUAACAGCCACAGCCGCCUCUAUAUCCAGGGACCACGCCAAAGUUAUCAACUAUGCUAGGAUAUAUGGUGCCGGACAAAACUUUGCAGAGAGACUGUUGAAACAGUUCAACCCGACUAUGACGAUAUCUGAGGCGAAGAGCAAAGCAGCCAAGAUGUUCACCACGACGAAGGGAAAGCGCGUGUACCGUCUCAAGACGCAAUACAUGGAGGGGUUCAUGGACGAGGAUCUGGCAGACCAGGCGGUGGAGAUGACGUCAUAUCAAGCGAUGCGUCUCGCCAAGCUGAGUGGCAAGAGUGUUGAGGACAUGUUCCACAGACCCAAGUGGAUCGGCGGGACCGAGUCCGACAUGUUCAAUAAACUGGAGGAGAUUGCCGAGUCCGUGUCGCCGUCGACGGCGUUCCUGCGCGGGCGGCUGUCCCGCUCGCUGGAGGGGGCGCGCGGGCGCUGGGCGGGCACGCGCCUCAACUGGGCCGUGCAGAGCGCCGCCGCGGACUUCCUGCAUCUCAUGCUCGUCAGCAUGGCGCAGCUGGCGCCCACGGCCAGGUUCUGCCUCAGUUUUCAUGACGAAGUCAGAUACAUGGUGUCUGAUGAACACAAAUAUGAGACCGCGUUGGCGCUGCAAAUUACGAACUUAUUCACAAGAGCCUUCUGCUCGCAGAGGGUUGGAAUAAACGACCUCCCAUUAUCAGUGGCGUUCUUCACAGCAGUGGAAGUGGAUCAAGUAUUAAGAAAGGAGUCUAACUUGAGUUGUACGACGCCAUCGAACCCCCACGGUUUGGAGAAGGGUUAUGGAAUACCCGACGGAGAGUCCCUCAAUAUAUUCGACGUGCUAGAAAAGUGUAAUAUUAAAAAUAAAAUACCCACCAAAUAAUAACA